CGUUGAUGUCAUGGCCAAAGCAGCAACGAAACUGAAGUUUUUUCGGAGGAGUCUAAGAAAAGAAAAAGGGAGAGUGACAAAAUCAAAGGCCGGACGAGGAUCAAUAUUGGUCCAGCGUGAACUAAAGGAGGAGGAGGGGUCCCCGACCGAUGCUGACUUGGCCGUCAUGCUGUUGGACUAGUAAGUAUAUUGCUUGCAUACUAUCUCUAGUUUUUUUAUCUGUUGUCUGCCUGACUAUGUUAUGGAAGCUAUCUGGUCCUCCAUUUAUCUUCAUGAAUCAAGCGAUGCGAGUAGAGGAGCAAAUUAUCAAUCGGGUAGCUAGUAAACGCUACUACGAUACUUCUGCGUGGUUACAUUCUACGAACAUGUAGGUUUGUUGAGUUCAGUGCAGUGAUUGAAAACGAUGACUACCACACCAAAAUUCUAACUCAAAUGUGUUGCUUGUUCUGAAUAAUCAGCAAAGUAAUUCCCCUGUUAUGUGAUUUUUGAUUUCUCACAUUCCUGCUUAUCACUAGCACCUAAACUAAACUGCUGAGUGUAACCACACAGAUUGUGACUUGUAGAAUGUCAAUUCAUGUACAUUUACAAUGUUUAGCUAGAGUCAAGCCACUAGCUAACUUCAGUGGGGACAAGCACCUAGGUUUGGAAAUCAUUAUCUGAUUUAGCAAGUAAAUUUCAUUAAUCUUCAAGUCACAAUGAUACAAUGUCUGUGUUGUUGCUGUGAAAUUGAAUAAGACAAAUACGUUCUCUGUUAUUUUUCCUGUAGCUUUCAAAUCCAGGUAGUAACAUCUACUCCCCACAAACAAUCCUGCCAACCUCCACAGCCUGUGGUCUCGAGUAUUACAGAGGAGUCGGACCAUGAUAGGGGUGAAUUUCCCAUUUAAGGUGUUGAAAUACUGGAAGAAGUCACUAGGGCAGUAGAGGUCGCUGUAUUAGAGGCCAGCAUGCAAUCUCUGGAUCUUGUAGAGGAAGAAGAGCAGCAUGACUCUCCGGAUGAGGAUGCAGCAAAUGACCCAAGGAACAGCAUUAUUGAAAUGGAUGAGAGCUGGACAGACCCAAGAUUCUGUAAGGACGGGGACAGCUCUGAUGAUUAAUAUAUACCUUUUCUUCAACUACGAGUUGGUGGUGCAGCUUCAAAGGUCGGUAAUAUCGAGCAGCUUCCAGAAAUAUCCAUGGACGAGACCGUGCUUGAUGUAGCUGUUCCCAACCCCACCGAUGACCAGAUGACAGAUGUGCCAGACCAUUUGAAAGUUGACCAUGAAGAUGACCUGGUUGGAAAGAGGGCCUGCAUCGCCUACCUUGACAACCCGAAGAUGCUUGCUUCGUUUCUUCAAUUUCCUAUCAAAUCAUGCACCUAUUCUGACCGAAUUACUGGGGUAAAAUGUCCAGGAAGACCACCAUUUCAGGUUGAAAUGAAGCCUUGGGGAACUGGUGUUGUCUUGGAAUGGCUAUGCCCCUUUGGACACAUUCUCUGGAAGUGGAUCAGGGACAUUGUAAACCAUUUCUGGUAUUGUGCUUUAGGAAUGCUGAAGUGGCGUGCUGUAAUACACCACAUUCGCACCCAGCACACCUGGCCUACUGGAUCUUGUGAGCAUGAACCACUGGGCGAUGGUACCCAGGAAAAAACUUGGAUAAAACAAGGUUCAGCAGCUCACCAAGCAUUAGUAGCCAUCGUCCUGGACAAGCGUUGGUUGAAGAAUGUAAAGAAGUUCAUCAACUUCAGGACUACAUCGGAUCUGGAAAACUUCCAAAAUCACAUACUCAUGGAUGCUGGGAAGCGGUAUUCCUACAACGCAGCAGUGUAUCCCACGCGGACUCUGCUUGCAGCAAUAGACUACAACUGUCACAAUUGCCGGCUCCCUUCACGAAACAGAGAUGGACACAAGAUGUACGUUUUCAGCAUCUGCGGAGCUAUUCCCUUUUGGAAUCUUAGAGUGUAUUUCUGACAGUCAUAAAUCAAGACUGGUUUACAAUUGGUACUUUCUUUGUAGUUAUAGACAAUACUACAACAAGCGGUAAAAAUUCUGGAGUGUCUACACAUUGAAGGUGUAAAAGGAUUACUCCUACAUUCCAGACCUGCAGAGGGCCAUUGUUUCAAAGAGGCUGCAAAGUGGAGGUGGUCCUCCUAGGAAACAGACCCUCAGGCCAGAUGAUCCCAGGCGCUUAGGUCUUCUGGUUCAAGUACAGCCACCCCCAACAGCAGAGCUAGUUAGGGCACGUGACUCGUGGUGAAGGUGUUCCCCAAAGUCAAUGCUGAGAUCUCUGUUAGGUGUGUGUGUGUGUGUGUCAGUAUUUAUUUUUAAACAAGUGAAAGGGAUAAAUGGAACAAGGUAAUAUCAAACUAUUUCCAGCAAACUUCUAAGUAUUAUUAUUGUCUACAUGAUCCGGCGAUCCCUGAAACCUAUAUACUGUACCCUGCCUGGAAAUGUCUGGAAAAGUGUCUCUGAUUCGCCACACACAGCACCUCGGGAUGACGACUCUGUUGCCCACCCCAAGGAGACCGUGCUGCCAGAGCACAAACUGGCAAUAGGCUGAGUGUCUAUUUUCCCUUUGCUCUACCCCCGACUCCUGGUCAUCUUCAAUUACAAAUAUGUCGUUCCGGGCUGCCCGAGCCAACCGUAAUACCCUUUCGUCCAGUAUAUACAGGCGCAUAUGGGCCAUGUUACUGACGCAGGUCUCUGGCGUUUGCCUGCAGCCGAGUCUCUCCAGAUCAGUGCUCAUUUCCCUGCAGUUUGAACAGGUGCACCACUGGAGAACACCUCCAUCAGGGACUCUCGGUGGUUCAGAAUCCUCCAGCAAGGCCAGCACAUCAAACAUCAAGCCAGGGAGUCUUGUCAUGACCAUCUGGAGGAGAGCAUCCCUUUGCUGAGGGUCCAACGCCCCCCCCCCCGGCUCUACCUCUCCCAGAUGUACUAUAUGGGGGCUCAAAAUCCGAUGAAGCAGAGGUAGAGGCAAAGUCCUGAACAACAGAUUCCUGAUAAAACGAGAGAAGUGUUAUGGUACAAGUGUAAACUUUGUACAGCCUAAUGUUGGAAUAUUGUUUUAUGACUAAGCCCCUUCUUUUUUAGGACAAAAAAUGUCAGAAGUAAGCCCAUGUCUAAACGGAGUGUACGAGUUUGGUAGGGGCCACAUUCUUGCAAGUAAUAAAUGAUUAUCCAGAUGGACAAAAUCAUCUUUUAGGCUAACUAGCCUAAACAUAAUGACUGCAGGCUGAUAGUCUAGGCUGGUGCAAGUGUCUUGCCUCUGGCUAUAAUGCAAAAAGGUUUUUCAACUUUGCAGAUUCAUCUAUGGUAGCUUUACAUUAUAAUAUUGACGACAUAUGGCUAUUACCUAACAAACAAACAACAUUGAAUUGAAUUAGCGUAUCCAUCCUGUAAAACAGUAGCCUAUAGUAGCCUACUAUCAUAUUCAUAUGACAUGCUGAAAUAUAGGCCACUGUACCUGGGAUGAAGACAUUUCACACGUGACGCAGGUAGUCUGCCCAAGCCGUGAGAAGUCGUGCUACAGAGAGUUCGGGGGUAUCGUUGGCUUGUCAACAAAUGCACGUGCAUCCCCUGGUGUAAAGCUGGGUUUAUACUUGACGCAUCGGUCCGCGUCUGACAAAGUGCAGUCUUCUCCUAAACAAAAGGUGUCGGUGCAGACAAAAGAGACUCCCUACACCGCUGGAAUCGCCACAAGAAGAAGCGAGAGGCAUCCCGCACCGGGGCGACGGCGCUGGUGUCGGGAUCGGUAGAUUUGGACGAAAUUGUGGUUUUAAACUUGCUUUUAGAAAAGCGACGUUAAUGAAGAAGGUGGUCUGUUCGUCUUCCGAACGACAAAAGACACGUCGGGGGCAAAGUAGUGAAAAUCCCCCUCGUUCUCCCAGAACAACACUGUUCGGCUAACAACUUUCACUUUUAAACACGUUUAAACUUCACAAUGUCGGACAGAUCUCAACAGGGCGAUGAAUUAUUCUCUGUUUUUACCCUCUGUGAAUAUCUGCCUCACUGUCGGAACAUAUGAGUGGAGUUUUGCGACAGUAGUAGAAGACAAUACUGUUUUCCCAACUGUAGGGGGACCCCGAGAGCAAAUCCUACAUAGUGCUGCCUUAAGAUAUGGUAAAUGGACUAUAUUUAUAUAAGCACUUUUCUAGUCUUAUGGAAGACCGCCCGAUAUCACACCACUGCCAGUGCAGCCCGUUGAAUGUUUUCAGUGCAUUGGCAUGCUUGGUCUAAUAUCGUGUUUGGCAUGAUAAUAACAUUAGAACAUAAGAACAAAAAGAAAGCCACUCAUAAAAAAUUUAAUGCACUAAAGCUAUCUACCAAAAUGAUGUAUUUAGAGCAUAGAAAUUCACUGUUUCAGUUACCACCUUGAGACAGCAGACUGUUAAUAAUGUCCACAGAGCUUUUUCCUGGUGAUGACCCUAUGUUGUUAAAAGGUGGCCUUGGGAUUUUCCUGCAGUAAUUAACUACAUCACUAGUGGAGUUUGCUGAAGUCUCCAAAUGAUGCUAUCUGGACUGUGUAAAUAAUACAGCUUCCCUAAUGCUUGCACAGCCCACACAUAUUGUGCAGCAAACAGCAGAGGUGAAGAGUUGCCAGAACCUCUCUCGCUCUUGGCGAGAAUCUUGUUUUGUCUCUCCCCUCUGUCACCUUCCCUCCCUUCAAUAUGUUUUUUCUCUCUCAUGCUCAGUGUAUGAAAUCAGGAAUUGCGUCACUCUCUGCGGCUAAAUUGAGUCAUGUUUUUAAGGGGAGUUACAGCAAGAGCUUUUUCUUUCUGCCUAAGAAAGAGGAUAAGGUAGACAGUGUGGAAAAAGUGGAAACCCCCUCCUCAUUGUCACACUGCAGCCAUUUCCCCAGCUGUUUAAAUCCAUUUGUAUUUCUGCCAGUGUGGAGGAGAUCAUUUUCUUUGUCGUCUGCCAUCUUUUACUUUCCAACAUUGAUGUUUGUACAUGACUAAGAUCUAAGCCUGUCACGAUAACUACUUUUUGUCAGACGAUAUAUAUUUGGCCAGAAUUAUUGCGAUAAAAUGAUAUUAUUAAAGAUCUUUAUUUCAGUUGCUUGUGCUGAUGGUCAGACUGACACAGUCACACUCCCUCAGGACAUCAAACACUGUGCAUUGCUCCACAUCGUGGUGUUUGUCCAGAUUCGACGUGCGACCAGACCUGCAGCUAAUAAACGACCCGCAAUUUACUGCACUUUGCUUGUCGCCGUCAGACUUUUGACUGUUCUUUCUGUUGGUCAGACGUUAGCAUGCAUGCUAAGUGCUAGCUCAUUUCAUGUUGCCCAAAGAUAAAAGCCGUAGUCGCAGAGUCGUGCAAUUGCGACAUUUAAUGCAAUUCUGAAGCAGCAGCGGCAAUAUUUUUGCAAAAUGAACUUACAAGACUGCUGAGAGAAAUGUUAUCUGACAGUGUUGACACUGUGAGCUGCACCUGCGACACAGAGCAGAGGAGAGGAUUGAAACAGCAUGCCUACCUGUCAACAAACACUACGGUGAUUAUCGAGGUCAAUGGAAAUGAUCAAGUUCAUUUUAAUGUAUCGUACGAUUAAGUCGAUAAUGUAAUUAUCGCGACAGGCCCUACUAGUUUUUUGGUUUUUUUUCCGUAAUUGACCAUGUGAUGGUAUUAAAAUAAAAAGUUAUUGUUUUUUAAUAAAAAAAUGUCUAUUUUCAUAAUUUACAGUUUUUUUGUUACAAGGGUUUGUUAAAGGAAGGGUAGGUGAUUUCGAAAAUCGCCCGCAAAGUCCGACUCGCUUCCUUCAGACCUCUGUCCAAAGCCACUCCCCCACAACACAUGUUGCGCACUGCUGCAUCGGAGGAGGAAGACACGAGCGGAGCACAACAUGCUAACUGACUGCUCGUGGCUCAUUCCCAAGUCAGAACUCCAGGACUGAGGUUGGAGCAGUGAAGUGACACAAGCCUGUUGCUUCACUUACUACACCUCACAUCAGCAGAUGCUCCUCCGGGCUGUCCCGUUGCAGGUCAACCUACUUGUGUCUGCCAGAACUGCCCUCAGACAUGGAAAGAAAGUGCUGUGGGCAACUUCAUGACUCCCGUGU